UUCCAAAGAUGCCCGGUAUUGGAUGCUGUCCGGUACUAGGGGAUCUCCCCCUAAUCAUUUCUGUAUUACAAGAUUGCAUGAUUAGUAAUUUGAGUGUCCAUUUCUCUAGAAAAGUGAAUUGAGUGACUUCUCAUUGCAAAACAUGACUUUUUAGUGACCAUCAUGAAAAAAAAUACUAACCAUCACUAAAUAGUUACUUGUUACUUAAAUUGGGCAGCUUACCCUAAUUUAGAGCAUUGUAAACGGAGCUACGUGUGUUUGCGACGUUUUCUUCCAUUUAAUGAAAAAGGACAAGAAAACAUCGCAAUCACAAAUUUUCUUCCUUUUUACAGCCAUGAAAAACAGUGAAAAACCAUCAUCAAACCACGGAGUUGUAAACUUUGAUUCAUAAACAAAAUUCGUAUUGUUUGGCACUUGUUGCGCAAAAAUCGGAGUGAAGAUUCUUUUGUUCGAUAGAUUUUUGUAAGAUAUCAACGAUUACAACGGGAAAACUCGAUAAAUGGCCUCAACAGUGCAUUAUUGAACAGGGAUUUAUUAAUUGCGUAGAAAAUAGCAGCAGUCUUGUAAAGAGGUGAAAAAUCGUCAUCCAUUUCGACGGAAUUUAUAUUGGAUCGCUAAAAUACUAAACAUAAUACUAUUGUGGAUAUUAUUUACUUCCGGUGUUCCAACGCACAGCGAAUCCGACCAACAAUGGCGUCGAGAAAGAUGAAAACAGCGAUGAAGCUGCUUCCGAUGCUUUACGAUAAUGAAAAUGUAGUAUAUUUGCUGAUGAAGCCAUUUGAUAAGACAUUAACAAACCAUAGGACCAUUUGUAAGUCAAUCAAAAAGGUCGCCGGCAAAUUCUUGUGUACUUACGAGAAAAAGGGUUUGUGCCUUAAUGUCUACAAUCCAGAUGCUGUUGAGAAGCUGCUCGCAAUGAAGAAAUUAUCCGAUGGCACACCCGUCGAAAUCAUCAUGCAUCCUACCCGAAACUACGUCCGGCGUGCGCUCAAUGUGGCCGAUUGUUGCGAUUUGUCGGAGAAGGAAAUACAACGGGAAUUAGCGUCACAGGGCGUUGUUAACGUUCGCCGGAUUAUGAAGCUGACCGACGAUGGCCAGAAGGAAAAAACGACUAUGCUGGUGCUUACAUUUUCCCGUUCGGUGAAAACGUUUACACCCGUUAAUAUUGGACAAUUGCAAUUGAGAACAUUCCCCUAUUACCCGAAUCUGCAACAGUGCUUCAAUUGCUGGGAGUUCCGGCACAUCAAGCCGGCGUGCCCAAAGAAAGUACCAACGUGCGGCAAGUGUUCCGGUCCGCAUGGCUCAAACAAAGAUAAUGUUUGCCCCAACCCUCCUUUCUGCAAUAAAUGCCAAUCCGGGGACCAUCCCAUUUCUAGCCAUGAGUGCCCCAAAUAUCAGACUGAGAGGCAAAUCACCAAAAUUCGAAUCAGUAAAGGUGUCUCUCACUGGGAAGCUAAGAAGGAAUAUGAAAAGAAAGCGCAAAAGAACACGGACGCCACGGUCAAGCAUCUCACUGCGCAGAUGACCACCAUGAAAGAGGCUCUGGAAAAGAAAGAUCGCGAAAUCAAAAUACUGAGAGCCAUCUAUGAGACCAUGCGGCUGGAGGAGGCGAAGAAUAGCCAUUCCCAGCAGGUCAAUGGAUCAUCGUCGAAAGGGUCCCAGGCAGAAGCCAAGACCAAGAAGGAGCCACCGGCCGAGAAGGACGCCCCCAAGUCAGCAGAAGAGGAACAAUCCUGUGGUAAAGCCAGCGACGGGACAACACGGCGCAAGAAGAAGGGUAAGAAGGGACGUGGCAAGUAAAAGGCCACAACGAAAUGCCCCAUUCGGCUUCUCAUAUUUAAUCACAUGCACCUCUACUCAAACAGUACAAUUACUCAGGGACUAUGCCAAAUUAUUCCCAAUAUUUAUGUUGUAUAUUAUGUGCUCUUUUAUUUUUGAAUUUUUUUUAUUGAAUUAUACUAUAUGUUCGCAAUAUG